AUGUCCGCCCCCGGCCCCGAGUCCGUCCCAACCUCGGCCGAUCCCCGCUCCCACCGUCCCACCAAGAAGCGCGCCCUCACCCCCGUCUCUGCGCAGGCCGCCUCUGUCGACGCCCUCUUCGCAAAGCCCGACCAGAACAUCCAAAUCCCCGGCCCCCUAUCCUCGUCUUCUGGAGGUGCCUCUCGCUCCGCGCCCCCAGAGAUCGUUACCAACGUUCAAGGCUCCAGCGCGGGAGCUGGCUCGGGAGAGUUCCACGUUUACAAGGCCAGCCGCCGGCGCGAGUAUGAGCGCCUCCGCGAGAUGGACGAGGAGCUGCGUCGCGAGAAGGAUAAGGAGGAGUUUGACAAGGACAAGACUGAGCGCGAUCGCAAGGACGAGGAGCGCACGCGCAAGAACCGCGAGAAGAGGGAGAAGAUGAAGGCCCGAAAGGCAAAGAAGGGUAAAGGCACAAACGCCAAGCCAGGAGCUGACAAGAAAGCAUCGACAACGACGACGCAGCCGGACAGUGACUCUCCGCGCACGGAUAAGGACGCCAAAGACGAUGCCGCUGGCUCUGCUGCAACCAAGAAGCAAAACGAGGAGGAAGAGUCAACACCCGCUGCGGCACCUGUCGGCCUAGUCAUCCAUGACGAUGACUGA